UGUCACAAGUAACGGAAUUUGAAAGAGCGUUUUGACUUCUAUGGAACAUUGCCCAACACUGACUUAGGGACAAUGUCAUUAGUCAUCGAUUGCAGCCCUAUCGAUAGUGCGAUGGAGCUACCAAAGCACUUACCUACACUGAAGAACGCCAAAAAGUUUUUGAGCGAUACUAAUAAUUGCAAAUUGUUCUUAGAAAUGUGCGGAGAUAAUAAGCUAAAUAAAAACCACACAAUUAAAUUUAUUACAUUGAAAAUCAACAAUUGCCUGGGCUGCGAUGCGGUGGAAAUCAACUUCUCGAAAGCGGACAAUGUGCACAUGAUCAUCUACAGUUUGGUCAAGGAUCUGCCAAAGGAUCUACCGGCCGUCACGCCCGUGGCCCAGGCCAUCCUGCUCCUCUGCUCCCUCACCUAUCCGGAUGCAGAAAGUCUGGAGACGAUUCCGCAGCUGGAAAUCGGCAAGGGAAGUGUCUCCAUGAGCUUCGAAAUGCAUCCCAUGGAUAAGGACAAGGCCACGGAGCAAACUCAGGAGCCGGAGCCGGAGCCGGAGCCGGAGAGCGACCUGGAUGAUGGACCCUCCACCUCGAGGCAGGCCAUGGAGCGACUGGAGCAGCGGGCGCAGCGCAAGGCCAAGGAGGCGACCACUAGGAACCUGCGUUCCCAAGUCACCCACGUGACCGUCGAGCGCAGAUUCGAUGCCUCCUUCCUGAACAUUGUUACCUAUCAGAUCGACGGCGGCAAACGGCAAACGUGCCGCCUCCCGGAGUUCCACGCCAAGUUCUUUGUGCGGCCCCAGCACUCGAUCAAUCUCCUGAGGCAGCUGCACGAGAAGUGCUCCGGCAACUGGCUGAAGGUCAUCCAAAGCGACGGCGAUGGUGACGCCUUCAGAAAGUUUAGAGAUCCCGAUAGUCCAUUCGAGACCUUUGUGAAGCUAUUCGAUUCCGACCCAAUGCCAUCAAACGAUGUGAUCUGCAAGCUGGUCAAAACAUGCCUGCACAUCGGUGAGGCAGUGCGUCUGUCGGAGCGGGAAUUCAUACUGGAGGUCUUCAACCAGGUGCGCCACAUUUUCGAGUACAUCACGGCUCAGGAGUACACCGUAUGGUUUCUGGUCCCCUGCCUAAGUGACAACGACCAGCAGCAUUCCACGAACCUCGAGAACUUUGAUUUGACCAAAGUGAGAACCUCUAUUCGACCAGCCGGCGAUACCACCAACAUUUGGAGGGAUCAUACCGAUCACAACAUCAAGGAUAUUCUACUGGUGGCCUUUCAGUUGGACCUGGCCACGCAUGUCAAUCAGUCGGUUCUCGUUAUUAGCCAUUUGGAAACGCUGGCGGAGUUUUCCACCAUGCAAUAUGUGACGGCCUUCUUUAUGAACGACUUCUACUCCAAGAAAGACUCCGAUCCUAGAUGGAUAUGCCACCGCUACUUGGAGCGCAUCGUGGAUGUGGCCUUGUUCCUGGGCGUAAUCGUCAUCAUCGAGUACCCCAGUGCAUUCACACUAUUGCAGGAGGGUCGCCACUUGAUCAAGUGCUUCCAGAAGGAAAAUCGGGAAUCCUCGGGCGCUAUGCAAUGGGAAAUAUUCGAAGAUGUGGUGAAGGAAAGCGAGUCCGACCUCGAGUUUCUCAAGGAGACCGUGAGCAAAGACCAGCCGAACAUGUAGCCAUCAAAAGAGUGCACUAGCUUCGCCUCGAACAAAUUUCAUUUAUCUGCCGUCUGCGGCUUUCACACGCAAAUAUUUCCAUGCUCAUUUUCUAAUUACGCCCGAGCUCACGGUCCAAACUUCACAGCGGCUGGAAAACCCAUUCUUCAGCUCCAUUUCAAUUAGGGUUUUGCCGGCUGUCAGUUCGAGUGCCACUGGUGUGGAGCAGUCGAGGGUCCUUGCACCACCAUCUGCUGCACCGCCGACAAACCGCUCACAAACAGCAACUACAAUGGCUGUCAGACGAGAAGCACGCGUCAUUUGCCGGCGAAAUGCAUUUGCGCUAACCAAGACCAUUUUUAGCCAAAAUCACCCGGUGACCCAGUUGGAAAGCCAAGAGCCCGGAGAUAUAUCCUGAUGGAAUGCUGACUGCCAGACUGAAUGACUGACUGAGUGACUGACGGACGGACUUGAGUGAUUGGCGGUUGUUGGGGCAAUUAUUUCGGACGCUGAUGGGGGACAUCAUCCUUUGGCAAACACAAUCUGUAGUUAUACAUUCUCUGCAUUCCAUAAAAUAGUAGUAGGCGAGGCGAAGAUUUUCCAUCCUAAGGUAUUAUUAGUCUAUUACACAGUAAAGUUAUUUUAUUAAUGUUUAUUCAUGCUCAU